AUGGAUAAUUUUAUCUUCUAUCCGAUAUACGCAGAAAGUAGUGAAGGAACUUUGAGGUCUCGCCCAGGAGUCUUGGCGCAAAAGGAAAUCAAGCGUCCGCCGUUAAAUAAUGCGCCUGUAAAGAGGGCCGUGCCGUUUAAGAGGCUGCCAGUGAUGAGGCCUCAGCCGCAAAGGACCGCACAGUUGAAGAGGGCUCCUACGGUGCAAAGAUCCGCGGCGGCGCUUAGAUCCGCGACGUUGCAAAGACCUGCGAUGCUCCAGAGGCCCGCGACCGCCGUGAGGAUGCAAAGAUCCGCGCCCGUGAAGCGGAUCGUCCCAGCGCGGGACAGCGUUGCCGUUAAGCAGUCCCCGGAUCCGGUGGAGAAGGAAACUUCUACCAAGGAAGAUGACCAGAACGCGGAAGCGGAAAAGCCUGAGAAGGUAGACGCGAACAUUCGCUCGGAGGGGCAACACGAGCUCAGCCCUCGACUCUCCCGCGCGCUGGAUGCAGAGCUUCAGCGCAUUAUGAUCAAAGUAUGGCAGGAGUUCCCCGACGACCCGACCACCGCCGAAGAGAAGCUGGUUGCGGACAAGUUCCGCAACGAGGCCGGCGACUCGCUGAGGAACGUCUUGGGGCUGAAUGUGACGAAACGGCUUUUAAAAUUUAACAACUCUUUAUAUGUGAAGAUAUAUUUCAUGACGCGACCGGAGAGGGGUACUUUGACGGAGUUCAUAAAGAAGUACAACAUACGCACGUUCAAGCGCAUCGACAACAGGGCCAACAUGUUCGCCGGACAAAUGGCCACAUUCGACGACUUCGAUCGCAUCUGCUCGGCCAAGGAGGUUUAUUGCGGUCGUGUUAAGGUGACUGUGAAGCCGUGUUACAGUUUCACAUCUUGUCCGCCCAAUUUAAAAACUGUUUUCGCGGGUAACACCGAAAACGACGAAACGUUAAAAGUUGAAAAUGACGUGGAAGAGAAGACAGUCAAAUCAACAGAUCAAACUGAAUCUAAACAAGAAACUUCAGAAACGAAAGCUGACGGUAAACAGGAAGCCGGUCUGAAGAAUGUAGGUGAAACCCUGCAAAUGAAAAAUAGCGACAAAUCAGAACAGCUCAAAAAAGAGAAAACAGGGUUAGAGACACAAAACAUUAUUCCUCAAUUGCCUAAGAGAGAGAAGCCAGAACCUACAUGUGAAAGUCCUCCUACGAAAAAACAGAAGAGUGAAGAGAUAAAAGAGGACAUGAUAGCGUCGGGGCCUGUAAUCAUUACCAAAGCAACGGAGAACGCAACUCGAUUGUUAAGGAAGGUGAAACAUGAACCAAUAAGUGAAAGUCCUUCCACGAAGAAAGAGAAGAGUGAAGCAAUCAAAAAGGAGAUAAUGGAUUCGGAGUCUGUAAACAUUACCAAAGCCAAGGAAGCCGUAACACCAUUGGUAAGGAAGGUGAAACCAGAACCGAUUAGUGAAAGUCCCUCUACGAAAAAGGGGAUUAUAGAAGUGAUCAAAAAAGAAAAAACGGCUCCGAACCCCGUUACCGUUACCAAACCCAACGAAAACAUUCCAGCUCAAUUACCAAGGAAAGAGAAACCAGAAACCAUAAGUAAAAGUCCUACAAAAAAAGAGAAGGGACAAUAUUCAAACGCAUUGGAGGACUUCAAAGAGCAUAUCGGGAAAAAACCGGAUCAGAAAGGAAACAUCAAAACAGAAAAACCUACGCAAAAAAGGAAAACUAGCUAUGAUGCUAAAAUCAAAAUUGUUGAUGAAUACGAAUGUGCAGAUGAGUUUGAGGGAAUACCCGAAAAGCAAUUCGCGGAGGAAGAUGAAAUGGACGACCAAGACAUCCUUGCGUUGAUGUCUGAGGGUAUUGUUCUAGACGAAUGCAGUGGUUCAGAUGAAGAG